AUGGACGAGACUGUGUUGGAAGUCUUUUGAAUAGGAUUUCUUCUAUUCAAAAUCUUAGUUUCCCUGGGUAUCCUAUCAAUCACGGUAGUGACUCUUGUGAGGAGGAAGUAUUCUAUUUUCCUUCUAGAGUACCCUGUAGUCAUUAUAAUUGUCACACCUGUGAUAAUAAUGACUUGAGUUAGCAUUGGCAAUAUCUAUAUUGUCAUCAAUGCUUACUUAAACAUCAUUAUUGAGGUAUAUGUAGGCUUUUGAGUGUUUUCUUUCUUUCAGCUAUUGAAAAACUGACUGUAUUUUAUACACCAAAUUUCGUCACUUUCUGAGAUGUACAACCAGCCGAGCUAUAAUCAUGACAUGAAAUUCAAUGAAGAAAGGCCACAAAAAGAGGAUCAUGAGUAUUAUUACAUAUUUCAGGCUGUUCAAAACAGGAAACCUUACCGUAUUCCAGUGAACUUCACUGAUAGAGAUCCCAAGUAUAACAAAUAAGAGGGAUAAGUUUAUGAAAGAGUCCAUGCUUCUCGAUCCUAUUGUAAGAGGCAAUUUUAUAUCAAGUUAUAACUCUUUUGAUAGUCUUGUGGACAACCCAUAUGUUAACUACACUCCUGCAUCAAAUGCUGAUGCUGAAGAGUUGGAGCUAAUGAGUUUUAGGGAUAUUGAGUCUACAAAUAUCGGUAAUUAUAACAGACUCAACUCAAGUGUGCAAGUAGAAACACAACAAAGCCCCCAAAUCAGUCGUAUUGAGCAAGGAGGUGAUGUCACAAAGGAUUGCACAGGAAAUCUGAGAGUUUCAAGUUUAAUGGAACCUCUUUUGGAGCAAGAAGAAGAGGAAGAUGAGAAAUCUAAUAGGAUGAAUUCCUCUAAAAAUCCAGCUUCUACUUGAACAAGUAUCACUCUUAAUAGUGAAAGUGCAGAGCCAUUAAGUGAAUUUUCUGACUCUCUUAAUCCUGAAGACUUGUUUUCAACAAAAUUUUCUCCUCCUCAAAGAGCUAUUGAUCAUUGCUUAAUCUCAGAAUUACGGAAAAUAAAGAUUGUACCAAAUCUAUGCUGAUGAUUUCCUGUGAGAAAGACCUUGAAAACCAAACCGAGAAUCAAAUAGUUUCAUAUGCCAAAGUAUGGCCGGAAUUUACUGACUGUGGAUUGUAAAACCCCUUCUAAAAAUUAUCGAAGUUAUUUCUGAAAAAUAUAUCCAAGAGCCUUUUACAGUAGUAGUUUUCAGAACAAUGGGCUUUCUGGUGACUAUAAUAGGUACUUACCUUAUCCUGAGGUAUAUCCUGACUUUGAACUUAGGAAUCCUGAAGGAAUAUGCAAUUAUGAAGAAAUUCUACCUAAUAAAAUUGUUUAUCAUAAUCACAAUGGUGCAGACUUCUCUGUUCAUGCUGAUAAUUCCUGACUCUGAGGUAUCUAGAAAUGCACUGUAUUCUAUACAGUUGGUAGAGCUAAUGUUUAUUACAUAUCACACUUAUCAGAUGUAUGGAUCAUAAAAGUUUCUGUAAAAUUCAACUUAA